AUGGAUACGUCCAGCAUCGUUGUGGAUAUGGUGCGGGUGCGGCUUUCAGAUGCAGCCCCUCCAGCAAACCAAGCUUCUCAUGGAAGUCAUGUUGAUGCCGCUCAUGCUUCGCCUACUCAGCCUACUUUCCAUGCAGAACGGGAACACAAGCAGGAUGACAAGAACAAGGACCCAGUGACUAGCAACCCAGCUCUUCCUCGUGCAACCUCUGUGGGGGAAAUCUUGGCUGCAAGCGAAGAGGAACCUGAGACCGACAAGGCCAUCAAGAAACCAGCUACUUCAACAAGAAGGGGAAGAACAACCACCCGUGGUCGUGGCCGAGGACGUGGUCGCCCAGCGAGACGUGCAACUCAGAACAACCAGCAGGAUGACAACACUGGGGGUUCGAAAGAAGAAGGGAAGACAAAGGACAUGGACGGAGGAGACAAGACCCCAAGCAGAGCUGCCAGCUCAAAGGCAAAACCCAGUCCAAGUCCAAGAUCGCACUCUCCAAAGACCUCUUCUCCAUGCCCUGAACGAGUCCUCAAGAGGCCUGCAGCAAAGGCCGCUGCAGCGGAGGUUCCAGCUGAUGAGAGUGUGAAGAAGGCUUUGUGGAUUCAGUUUCACAACAUGGAUCACCCGGUCAAGCUGGACAGCCUCACGAGCCAACAGGAAGCAAUGUUAGAGAAUGGAGUUCCACGCUCCUAUGUUCCUGACCCGAGCGAGGCGCCACCACCAAAGGUUCCAAGGCAUACAAAGACCCCAGAGACCAAGAACAAGCAGAAGAAGGACACAGCUUCCUCCUCUCCCAGAACUCCAUUCAAGCGACCAGCUGCGAAGGCACCUUCCAAGUCUGGCUCCGACGCUCCGAAGUUCACCUCGCACAUCCACAAGUGUGGCUGGGAGGUGCGUACCUACAGUCGAUUUGGCAACCAGCCUGGCAAGUACUACGUUUACUACCACCCUGAUGGUUAUGAGUACAGGUCCUUCAAAGCAGCACAGGCUUUAGGCUUUGUGGCUGAUGAAUAGAGUUGUGGAUUCCCUGGGCAUUUAGGCCAUUCAGGCGCCCAAUUUUGAAAAAAGGUUUACGUGCCACACAGUGGCAUUCUUGUGGCUCCCAGCAUGCCGGCAGCGAUCUCCAGCUACGACCGGAUCAGCGGUGUUG